AUGGCACGUCCUGAAUCUCCGGACGACGGCAGUUUCAGCAAGGUGCUUUCACAAUUGGAACGAUUUCAUGUCACCCCGGAAGAUCGACAGAGAGUUCUCAACCAAGUAUUGACGGUCCCCCUCGUCGCCCUCUCUCGCCCUCCUCCCCUUUCGGGAGUAGUAAAGGAGGAGCAUCGGGAACCACGAUCGGUCCAGGCGGGUAGGGGUCAGUCUGACAGAGUAGUGUUGCCUACACAACUCUCGACCUACGUUAACCCACCCGGACAUCAACGACGCUCCCACAACGCCCUGGGAGAACCGAACCCUUUCCGGGCAGAUCAAGAAUGGGAAUGUUGGGCCCUCAGGAGGAUCAUCCAGGAAGAAUUGGGUUUGAGUAAUGAGAGGAUAGAGUUCAUCUUGGAAAAACACAAAGAGGACGCAAUGGAAAGAUGGGGGAGGUGA